CCUCCCGGCGCUCCGGGCGCCGCGCGCGGGCCCGGCCCGGGGCUGGGCGGACAUGGGCGCCAAGCAGAGCGGCCCGGCCGCUGCUAACGGCCGCACUCGCGCCUACUCGGGCUCGGAUCUACCUUCCAGCAGCAGCGGAGGGGCCAAUGGGACCGCGGGCGGUGGCGGCGGCGGCGGCGGUGGCGGCGGAGGGGCGCGGGCCGCGGGCCCGGGGAGGUUUCCGGCUCAGGUGUCCGGCGCGCACCAGCCCAGCGCCUCGGGCGGCGCCGCGGCGGCCUCGGCGGCCCCGCGCAGCCGCUCCCUCGGCGGGGCCGGGGGGAGCGUGGCGUCGGCGGCCCGCGCGGCGCAGUCCUCCUUCAACAUCCCCAACAGCAGCAGCGGCCCGUACGGCUCGCAGGACUCGGUGCACAGCAGCCCCGAGGACGGCGGCGGCAGCAGGGACCGGCCGGCGAGCGGGGGCCCCGGCGGACCGCGCCUGGUGAUCGGCUCCUUACCAGCUCACCUCUCGCCGCACAUGUUUGGAGGAUUUAAGUGCCCUGUAUGCUCAAAAUUUGUACCUUCAGAUGAAAUGGAUUUGCACCUUGUGAUGUGUUUAACAAAGCCAAGAAUAACCUAUAAUGAGGAUGUACUGAGUAAAGAUGCUGGGGAAUGUGCAAUAUGCCUUGAAGAAUUGCAGCAGGGAGAUACUAUAGCACGACUGCCUUGUCUAUGCAUAUAUCAUAAAGGCUGCAUAGAUGAAUGGUUUGAAGUAAAUAGAUCUUGCCCGGAGCACCCUUCAGACUAAGCAUCAGCUUCCUGUUUUAUAGGUUUUCUUGUGUUUUCAAGAUGCUUGAAAAACUGAGAGGAGAUGAGGAUCUGUCUCUGGAAAAAGAAAAACAAAACUGCAGGCAUACUCAGCCAGAGAUCUGAGUUCUGUGAGACUUGGUAACGCAGAGAUGGACAAUCACACGGGGAGAAACCCUGCUGAAGAGAGGGCAGUUGCCACAGAACUCAGUGUACCAAACAUGCAUAUAGAGGACACACAGGGAUUUUGAAAAUGCUGCACCUCCCUUACUAGUCAUCUACAUAGGUAAUACUGAUAAACAUUUUGUAUUCAGACGCCAAAGUUAACUGAUUUAAAAGUUGAUUUUAUUAAGUUCUCUAGAGCUGCGCAACUAGUUGUGUUUGACUUGUUUUUUUCUUGUUUGGGGUCACUUUAUUUUCCCCUACAUGAUGCUUCUGUAUUCAUCUGUUCUUAAACUGAAGACCACAUAAUGUACUUCCUAUAAAUUAAAGUCUUAAAUGUGAAACCAAGAAAUGAAAUCAAGCAGUAAAACAUUUUCUGAAUGUAGACCAUGAUCUCAAGUUCUUCUAUUUUUUCUCCUAUGAGUAGAAAAUAGACUUCUGCAUAGGAGAGCUAAAAUAUGUUAGUAUUUUAAAUUCAAGGUUUAACAUUAUCAGAAUGCAGUCCAAAGAGUAAAUCAAGUUACAUAAUUACAUUUUAAUGAACUAAGGCUAAGAUUGUCUAUUGAAUUGCAAUUUAUUACACGUGUUAUUUCCUCUUAAGUAAAACUGCUCAGUAGUUAAUCAGUAAUGAAUCAUCUUGCAGCUAUGCAACUUUUUAAAAAAUACAAAUUACCAAUUUUAAGUGCUGCCAGCUAUAAUAACUUUGUUUUAACGGGUAUUUUUGUUUGUUCUUUUCAUGUAAUUAUUUCAUUGUGCUUUGCAUCUCCAGACAGUUUCCCCACAUUUGGGUAGAAUGUUUAGCAGGUUGUAAACUUAGUAACUUAUGAAAAGGGUAAGGUAAAAUUUUCUUGAGUGGAACUUGGAAUAACUUGAGGGACAUUUUAUAUACUUUUAAAAAUCAGAAUUUAAUUGGGAUGCCAGAUUUAUAGCAAUUUGCAUCUUUAAUUUUCCAGAUAAUCUGGAAGUUAGUGUUUGAUAAAUGAUUUUUUAAAGCAAAUAUGAAGAUUUUGUUAAUUUAUAAUUUAUUAAUGUGUUAUUACUGUAAUUGAAAAUGUUAUAGAUAAUAGACUUUUAAAUUCAGUCUUGUGUAGAAAGAAAUGUAUUAAGCAAAAUUAUGUGAAUAAAUAUUCCCACAAAAUACAUCUGAAUGGUUACAAAAUACUGGAAGAGAGCUAUCAGGCUACAAUAGUGAAUGUCUUUUUUUUUUUUUUUUUCUAAUCUAAAAAGAUACCAAUAAGUAGAUUUCAUAUUUUCAACAUACAGGGAAAAUGUUAUCAGUGAACAUUUAAGCAGUGCACUUUACUUGGUAUAAUUGAAAGUUGCACAGUACUGUUUCCUUAUUUUAGGCUUUCUUUAACGUAUUUAAGUAUUUGCUUUUCUAUUUAAUGCUGCUACUCUUACUCUCAAAAUUUUUCCCUAUUCUGCUUCUGUUUCUUAUUUUUUGAAAGGGCACGUGCAGGAGCAACUGCUGCUACCCAGAAAAAUUGGUGUUUUAGAAACAAUUGAAAGGGUUUUUCAUUGCUUUCUGUGUGAUUCCAGAGCAGAUAACAUUUUCCCUAAAGUUAUGCUGUGAAAUGCCUUUUGUUAUGCUGCAAUUGACAAAAGCGUCCCAAACCUCCAUUGUGACGGCUGACAGCACGGUUUGUUUCAUAGGUGCUUUUUAAACCAGUUAUGGGAAAUACUCUUCCCUCACGGAAAAUCUUUCCUUCAGUUUUCUUCUGUUACCAUGAAAUCUUAGUAUGAAUCCAUUUUGUUUCACAUUUUUAAUUUUGUAAGCUUCCACACAUAACACAUGUACCCGCUCACCCCGGGAAAGACCUCUUAGAGUAUUUUGUGAAUGAUUCAUUUUUUUCCUACUACUGGUAUAUUGUUAUGGUAAGAAUUGUUUUGUUGUCUUCCGUUCUUAAAGGCACAGCUUAACUCUAGCUGUGGUAGCGACGCAUUAAUAUUCUUCUGGAAGUUGAUUUUCUGUUAUGUGAUUUACUCAUUGACUUUUUAAUUUUACAGACUUUAGUUCUUUUCCUUCUGUGUCCUGUUCCAUAUCAGCCUCUCUCGCUCAGCCUCUGACCUACGGUUCUGUGCUGCAGCAGCUACAGCAGAAGAAAGUUCAGUGUUUGUUAGUUCAAGUGCUCCUUGAUUAUUAUAUUUGUCUAGAACAGUACUUACUUAAAAUCUGUUUAUAGCAGCCCUUUUGUGUUAAAAUUGAUAGAGGUUAGCAUUUUUUACUUUAGGUUCAGUCUCCAUCAAUGACUCCCCAGAAAGAAGAAUUUAGGAAUUGAAAAUGUUUUUAUGCCCAGAUGCUCUGGUUAUUAUUCAAAGUCAAAAUUGCUACUCUGGAAAAUAUUAUAAUAUUCUACAUAAUGUCACUUACAAUAUUUGUGUAUCUGUAUGUGGACACUGAAUAGUGUAAGUAGGAUAUAAAAAUCACAUUAGAUAUUUAAAUAUGUUGCUUGAAACUACUGACAACUGAAUAUUAUGGAGACAAAAUAAAGAUUGAAAACCUAGCUAUCAAGUUGGUGAUUGAUAGCCUUCCAGAAUUUUUGUAAAUACACGUUUUAAAAUGAGAUCGCACUUGCGUAAAUAGAAAGCAAUAUGUUCUGAAAUUUCACUUUAGUGCCACUCUUCGUAAUGGGUUUAUUGCCAAUUUUGACUCGUUUUACUUUGAUCUGGCUUUUUGAAUUUUGUUAUUGUUAUUGCUGGAAUGUAUAAGAGAUAGUAAAAUUAUCCUGUCUUUGGGUUUUUUGCCAGAGAAAUUAGCUAAACCUAGUCUUAAUCUAUGUUUUUCAGAUCUGGUUAUAAAUCUGAUAUAGAUCGUGUUUUAAGAGCAGUGUUUGUGAUUGAAAUAUAAGUAAUGAAUUCUAUAACCGAUUUUUUUUGUGGUAGCUGAACAACAUUUAAAAGGCCAUAUUGUUAACUCUUGCAUGCUAUAUGGGUUUUGGUUUCUUUGUGCAAAUCUUCUGUUUCUUUUAAGUGAUACACAGUUAUUUCUGUUCUCACCACUAAAUACUUUAUUAGAAUGUAGCCCAAACGAAAUGCCUGAGGAUCACUGUCAGCAUAUUUUCAAUAUGUAUUUUGAAAAGAUUUCAGGUUAACAAAUUAUUAGUGAAAAUGGCAGAUUCCUUUUCAAAGUUUAUUUUACCUUCCCAAUUUGGGUAUAGUGAAGUUUAAGGGCAAUUAUUUAAAUUAACAUACUAUAGCAAGACUAAGAGAAAUGUCUUUAAAUGAAAAGACAGUAAAUUAAAUGUAAAUAUUACCUAAUCUUAUUCACUAACUUGGAGAGCUGAAGAAGAGAAAUUUCCUAAAAGUAAGCUACAUUUGAGCAAAGCAUGAAACUCUUUAAAAAUUCAAGAAUAAUUGAAUUUAUCAUCUGAUUGACAUCCCUUUUAUGCAUUGAUAAUAAUAUCCAAAUCAUCCUAUUUUUUCACAGAGGAGUUUCCAUAUAAAUCAGAUGAACUUUGUAAGACUUCAUAGAGGUAAAUGUUGCUUAUUAAUUGUGAGUACAGUCUGUGAGCUGCCGGAAAUCUUCUAGUUCAUUUGGGCCAUUUUCUUGCAGUUUGAUUUAUCCUGAGGUGAACUCAAUGCAUAUUGACAGUGUGUUAAAUGUGAAAUGUCCCUUGUUCUUGUACAGGUAUUUUCUAAGUUAAAAAAAAAAAAAAAAUUUUAGCAUGCUGAUACUUUUAUCUUUGACCCCAUCACUCCCCUCUUUUUUGAAGUGCGUAACUUCUGAUUUUUUUCUUUACUAUAUUGUGAAUGACAAUAGUUAAAUUAUGUUUUACUGUUCUAUUCCUCUGUAUCCAGACUUUUUCAUUCUGAUACUAAAUUGCUACUUGUUUUGUUUUGUUUUGUUUUGUUUUGUUUUGUUUUGUUUAGAGGAAAUUGCUACUUGGUAUACUCCUAGUAGUGAUUCUUAUUCAUGAACAGCUGAAUAGGUAAAACUUUUGGUAAUAAUUUACUCAGGCAGUACUUUGAGUGCCAUAUUCUGGGAAUGCUGUGUUGAAGCUGGGAAACUGAAUGUUCUUUUUCCAUCACAGAAUUCCUGAAUUGAAUGGGAAAUACCUGGUCUUUGAAGUUCAGCUGAUUCUCUGGAAAGAACUAAAGGCAUUGAAGAAAACCAGAUAUAUUCAUAUUAAGUUUUAGCUGAAAAUGCAGUAUGACUAAGGGGAGUUGGUGUAUUUUCAGAUGUUAAGCUUAAGCCAUCAUUAAUUUUAGACCAACGGCUAACAAUAAGAUAAAUUGUUAGUUGUUUAUAGGGAAGCAAAGAGCAGUAUGGCAUAAACUCACAUCUCAGAAAUGAAAAAUUUCAAAGUAAGAUUGCAGUAUUUGAUUAACCAACAUUGUGCCUCCUAGCUCUGCCCUGGACUGUGAGGCCGCUGUCAAGACUGCAAGUCUUAGAAUCAGAAGUGACUGAUUUCUCCUAUUAUUAAAUUCUCAUGCCUUCCCUUUUGAUUUGAUAUGCUGAGAUUGACUGAUGGUUUAUGUUUAUAAACUUACAGUUCUGCCUGUGCCCUGUUACCAGUGACCCUGGUGCUAGCAUCUUGAAAAGGUUAUGUUAUUAGUCAUUAGCAUUUUGAGCACGUGUGUGCAUAGAAUACAGUUAACAGACCCUGUAGGGAGAUCAAGAGAUAUUUUGGAAUUUGAUGAUGAUAUUGGUCUUUAUUACAGAAGUCCAUUUCAUUUUAUUUCUUUCCAAUGAUUAUAUGAGUGUUUUUUUUUUAAAGAACAUCACAGUAAUAGUAUUUAUUUCCAUUGGUUUGUUCAUGGUUUCAACAACUCUUCUGUAAUACCUCUUAAUUUCCUCUAGUAGAAAGUAUUUUCCUGUUAAAUAAGGCAUCAAAAGCAUCCAUCAGAAGAAAUCUAGAAAAUGUAUUAGGAACAACUUGUAUUAGUAUGUUCUAAACUAAAAUGGAACAAUUCAUGAUUGAUAUUUUAAUAAAUAAAACUUCCGAAUGAUCUUGCCAAAUUAUCCUGUUAUUUAGAAGUAUAACAUAAGAGAAUGCUUUCAAGGAAAUUUGUCAUAUCCACUGUAAUGCCUAGAAAUUGACAGUACAUUAUAAUAAAACUGAGAAUUACCUGAUUGCUGAAAGGUUACCAUGAAUUAACUGUUGUCACAGUUUCUUUAUCUAUUUUUGUAUACCCAUUAAGUUAAAAAUCUACAAUAGCUUGAGAAAUUACGUAAUGGUAAUGAACAAAGAAAGAGGUCUUCAUUACCUUAACCAGGAGUAAAAAUGUACUUUGAAAUUUCUACUGUGAAACCUAUUUGUAAGUUUUUUAAUUGAAAUAUGAUUGUAGUAGAGCUAUUAAGUUUUGGGGUGGGGUGGUCUGUCAAUGUGUAAUCAUAACUUUAAAAAUUUAGACUGUAUUUAGUAACAUUCCAUCAUGUUUUUGAAAAAGGAGUAAUUGAUCUUUUGAAGUACAGGUUUCAUGAUGUGUAAGAGGUAUUGAGCUUUGUAGCAGAGUGGUUAAGAACAUGGGUUCUGGGGCCAGACUGCCCAGUUUUGCUAUCUUUGUGACAUUGGGCGAGAUGCUUAACUCCUCUGUGCCUUGCCUUUGCCUAUAAAAAGAGGUAAAAAAAAAAAAAAAACAAAAAAAAAAACUGCCUACCUCCAGGUUGUUGUGAGGGUUAAUUGGGAAGGUGCACAUAUGCAACAGACACACAGCAAGCACUUCAUGAUGUUAGUGGUGGUUAAAGAUGAUAAAAAUAUUUGUGCUUAUCUAUAAAUAAAUAACUUUUGUCAUUCUCUUCAGUCACGAGGUGUAGAAGUAAUGUCUUAAACCUUUAGCUGACACAUUUAAGAAACCUCUGUAUAUAAUAGAGGGCAUUGUAGAUUCUGUUCUUGCUUAAAGAUUGACUCUUUUCAGCAAGUAUGUAUUAAGCAGACUUGGUUUUAUGGACUGUUAUGGACCAAGAAUACAGAAAUCCAAGAUAGCUAGCCUCUGAGACCUUAAUUAAACUUUAGUGGGUGAAGCAAAUAAGUGAGCAAACCUAUAAUAAGUUGUAAUAAUUGUUAUUAUAGACUUAUACACAAGAUGCAUAUGGUCAUUAGACCAUAGGUCAUGAGACUAGGCAAGAGAAUGAUUAAGUCUUUAAGAACAAAUAGAUCAUACAUAGCUCCAGGGGGUAUGGAUAAAAGGACUUGUGGAGUGGGAAGUAAGCCUAAGGCAGAAAGCAUAGCACACACAAGCAGGACAUUCUUGGAGAGUUGCUAUGUCUAGAGAGGCAAGCAGGUGGCAAAUCACGAAGGGAUAUACGUCCCAGACUACAAUUCAAGGGUUUUAAACAGGAAAAAGACCAAUUUACCCAUACAGAAGAAUGAAACUACAGGCAGAGAGACUUUGUUGGAAAAUUUAUAGCAGUUCAAGCAAGAUAAUGAGGGACAAAACCAAAGGAGUGACAAUAGGAAAAAGAAAGAUGGAGGCACUUACAAGUUUUGAGAGCAAAAUGAACUCCACUUCAGUAGUCAUUCAGAUGUGAGGAUGAAGGACAAGACCAGGACAACUCCCGUCUGUCCUUUUGCCACAGCUUGGAGGGUUGACUCUUAAGGACAGAAUAUUUCCACUUGGGGAAAGCUGAUUAUGCCAGAAAUACUCCCUGGAGAACCAGAGAGAAAGAUUACCGACUCUAACAUAAAUUAGAUCUGAAAUAGGAGGCAGAGCCUUGAGAGAGAAGCCAGACAGUUGGCAAGUUGUGAGAAAGCGAGAAAGAGAGAAGGUUUAGGAGUGCUCUAGAUACAAAUGUUGCCAACACUGUUAGAAAGGGCAGUAAGUUCAUGCGAUAAGUAAGGUACACUUUUCUAGUGCAAUGACUUCUAGGUCGGUUGAGUUGGGCCUUCUCCCAGCAACUCCCCCCACCCCCAUAUUCCCCCUUAACAUCCAAUACCUGUUGGAAUAGGGCCAUGCUUUCCCAGCUUUAUCUAGUGAAGUGCUGAAAUGCAUUCUGAAGCAUUCAUGAGGUUUUCUCUGGUUCAUUUGUCCCAAACUCUUUUCAUUAUGCCAGUCUUCUCAGACAUUCACAACAGAAGUAAGCUAUUGUUGGAAGUAGAGUAUUCCAGAAGAGGCUUAUUGGUUCCUGGAAGGCUAUGGGUUGCCCGUGGUGCACUAUGAUUAUCUUUGUUUAGCAGACAGAGAAAGAUGACUGAUAAGCUUAUAUUUAGUUCCUGGAGAAGCAGCAGAAACCUUGGGACAUCCUUGUAUUAUAUUAGGUCAAGGACUCCCCCACAGAUUCCCUAAUCUAAUACAACAUAUCUGUAGGAACACCAGACUUUCACAGGUUUCUCCAAAUUGGUUCAAAGAUAAACCUGUAGAUAACUUGGAACUUCCUAGACCAGGAAUUCCUACAAAGCAAGAUCUGUGAGAAUAGUAGAAACUUAACACCUUAGAGGGACUUGUCCUAAAAUGUAAGAAAUAAAAAAAAUAAAAAACAUAAGUAUUACUGCAUGAUUUAAGAUUUGAUUUCUCACAUAAAAUGAAAAUAAUUUUUCUGCAAUAUCAUACUGAUGCUGUAAUUAUAAGACCAUUCCGCCAUAUAGUGCCUUAUUUCUCUGGUUCUUUUCCAUGAAUUCAUGAAUUCAAUGUUCAUUAUUUUAUCAGCAUUAAAAAGUACUUGACCAAAAAAUACAACAAAGUCAGUUUAAGACUUAAAUCCUUCGGGUGCCUGGGUAGCUCAGUCGGUUAAGCCACCAACUUUAGCUUAGGUCAUGAUCUCACCGUUGAUGAGGUCAGGCUCUCUGCUGUCAGCACAGAGCCCACUUUGGAUCCUUUCCUCCCUCCCUCUCUCUCUGCCCCUCCCCUGCUUGUGCGCUCUCUCUGUCUCAAAAAUAAGUGAACAUUUAAAAUGAAAGACUUGAAGCCUUUCUGACUGGCUUGAUAAUUUAGUGUCUGGAUAACUGAAAACAAAACUGUUUAGCAUUAACAGUGUAAAUUUGUAUUUCAGAAAAAUGUCAAAUAACUGUCAUAACGUUUUAAAGUAGCUCGUUUACAGGCACCUGGGUGGCUCAGUCGGUUGGGCGUCCGACUUCGGCUCAGGUCAUGAUCUCGCAGUCCGUGAGUUCGAGCCCGGUGUCGGGCUCUGUGCUGACCGCUCAGAGCCUGGAGCCUGUUUCAGAUUCUGUGUCUCCCUUGCUCUCUGACCUUCCCCCAUUAAUGCUCUGUCUCUCUCUGUCUCAAAAAUGAAUAAACGUUUAAAAAAAAUUUUUUUUAAAUAAAAAAAUAAAGUAGCUCAUUUAUAACUGAAAUGUUGAAAUGUUAUCAAGUCUGUAAAUGUUAAGGAUAUUCAUUAUCCAAAUAUUCGGAGGAUAUCCAUCAAGGAAGUCAAAUAGUAUAUAGUUCAUUUUUGGAGCUCAAACAUUGUGAAGGCUAAAGGCCUUAGGGUAUUUAAAUAUCCAAACUAUUGUCAUUUUAGCAUGUAAUCAGUAUAGAAAUUAUCAGUGAGAUUUUAGAUAUUUUUCAGUCUUUGAAAUCUGAUGUAUAUUUUAUACCAUAUCUGUACUCGGAAAUAGCGGCAUUUAAGUGCUCACCAGCCUUAUGUGACCAAUGGCUGAUAGGUCUUAUAUGAGCCUGGGAGUUUGGUUUUCCAUUCCAAUCUAUCCUCACCUAAAUGUUUUUAAAGGUCUUAUAAAUCCAACUUGGUAAAGACCUGGGUCUCAGAAAGUUAAUUAAGGACUGCAUGAGCAGAGCUGGUCCUAUGUCAUUACUAAAUGGAGUCAGAGUUUCCUAAUUUUUUCAGUGAAAGAGGCUGGAAAUACCUUGAAAAGGUUGAAAGUCUAAGGAACCUCUGUUUGCUUUCCCAGAUGCCACUAGCUUUUGUUAUGACUACAGUGUUUGGGUACGAACACACAAGCUCCGAAUAUCUGAGCUGGUGUGUUUGUGAUGACCCACGGGAAUUGUGAGCAGUGCUGAUGAAUAGCUCCAGUCCGACUUGUCCCCUGUGUUGAGCUCUGCAGGGACAGUUGCAUGAGUUUCAGGCCUUCUAGCGAUAGUUAACUUUGUAUCACAUUCGUGCUUAAACUGCAAAACUUGUCCACCAGACACUCAUUCACAGAACAGACUCUUCAAAAUCUAGCUUUGAGAGUUACCAGUAGUGAAGUCUGAGCUGUCUUCAGUAAGCUGCUCCCUGGUUUGUGUGGGGAAUUCUGUGCUCAAGCGCCCUGUGAAAAGGAGUCAGUGGUGGAAUUGCCAGGGAGUUUACACACGAGGAUGGCUGUACCGUGGAAGACAGGUACUGCACUCUUCAGCUGUGGGGUCCCCGUACGUCGGUAAUCCUUAACACUUGGCUGAACAUUAGAUCAACUCAGGAGGUAGGAAGGGAGGACAGUUUUUUCAAAAAAAAUUAUUAAGGCCUUGGGGUGCCUGGGUGGCUCUGUUGACUAAGUGUCUGACUCUUGAUUUCAGCUCAGGUCAUGAUCUCGUGAUUUGUGAGAUUGAGCCCCACGUUGGACUUUACAUUGAUAGUGGGGAGCCUGCUUGGGAUUCUCUCCUUCCUCCCUCUCAAAAAUGAAUAAAAAUAAUAAUAAGGCCUGACCCCACGCCAGAGAUGCUAAGUUAACAGUUGUGGUGUGAUCCUGUUGCACAGCCAGGGUACAACUUUAGGGUUUUCUCACACAUUCCCCAGAGUGUCAGCCAUUGGAGAGGAAAGUGCCAGGCCUGUCGUAGACCUCUACAGCCAAGAUCUAGCUACAUUACCUCCGGUUCUCUUAGGAAAGAGACUCGAUCAAACUUUUGGCUCUUUUUGAGUGAGAGAACUAUCCUCUAUCAUUGCCCAUUCUUCCCAUCUCACUGGUUCGUAGAAUAAACUGCCUGAUGGAGCCAGGCUGAGGUCCUCGAUGAUUUCUUUUAUGUUGCGCACCCAAGUUGGCAAAUUGCUAAAAGCCCUUUCUGCCUCCAGAAUGUGGCUCUGACAAAUCAAAAGUUACCUUUUAGGUUCCUCUUUCUUCCCUCGGCAUUAAAAAAUCUUGGACAUCAAAAUUGAGCCUUGAUGUCUUUGUCUUAUGCUUAUCGUCUCUCCCUACUGAAGCAGCAGCUCCCAGUGAUUCACGAAGUUGCCAUAAACAACCAGAAACGCAAGGCAUGAAAAAUGUGGCAGUUAACAGUUCAGAAAUCGCGUUCUGCUGCGCUGACAUCGAUCACUAGAGAGCGCCUGUAGGUCACUGCAUGUGAGCAUGUGAGUAGCUGUAGUCUGAUUUUCGUUCUUAGAGUUCUGUUGAUAAUCUUGAAGUCUUCUCGGCCUGAAGAAUAUGUGGCAGUUGCUUGAACUGGAAUGCGGGGUGAGUGAAGUGUUGGGUCAUUCACUUAGCCUGUGUUUUUUGAACACUUGAUAGAUGCAAGAUACUGUGUGAGACACUGCAUGUACAUUGACGGGGAAAAGCGAGUUUCUGCCCUUAGGGAGCUUAUGGUUCCGUAGUUUUAGCAAAAGCUGGUGAUCAGGCGUGACAUAGCAAGUAUGUAAAUAACACAGCUGUGUGAAACCUCAUUCUUGAAUAAGCAUUUGUUGUCCUCUCAAGGAGUACGAUUAUUAAAGUCACUGGGAAAUACUUUAUCUGUGCAUCUGUUCACAGUUUUACGCUUGUGCCAGACCCUGGGCCGUGUCAGUGCUGCUAAAACAGGUGAAAACAGAUGAAAGUACUAAGCACACUAGGAUUGCAGUGGAGACAGCCAGACAGAUGAGUUAGCGCAUUUCUGGCUUUUUAGAGGCCUGUUUUCUCAAUAAGAGUGGGGAUCUAUUUAUUCCUAAUCAGAUUUUUUUCUUCACGGCCUUUUAAAAGCAACUCCAGUAAGUGAUAGUUUACGUACAACAAAACACUCUUUGUAAGUGUCCGGUCUGAUGGGCUUGGACACAUACAUACACCUGUGCUGUCACCAUAGCCAGGAUAGAGAACAUUUCCAUCACCCCUCAGAAGGUACCACAGGCCCCUUUACACCUUGUUCCCACCCAUCCACCCUCAGCCCCUAGGCAGCCAUUGAUCCGCUGUGUCGCUGUAGAGUAAAUGAAAACAUUUGUGUAAGGCUUGUGUUGCUCAGCGUAUCUGUGAAAGGCAUCAACGUUACUGCUUGAGUCGGUUCCUUUUUAUUGCUGAGUAUUGUAUGAAUAUAGUACAUUCACUCAUACUACAUUCAUUGUAUGAAUAUACUCCACAGUUCGUCAUCCACCAACCCAUGGGUGGACACCUCGGCUAUUUCUAGUUUGGGCUGUUAUGAAUGAAGGGACUGUGAACAUUGAUCUCUAAAUCUUGAUGGCAACAUGUGAUUUCAUUUAUCUUGAAUAAAUAGGAAUGGAAUAACGGCGUCACAAGGUAAAUAUUUGUUUCCGUUUCUAAGAUAACUGCCAAACAGUUUUCCAAAGUGGCUGUACCAUUUUACAUUCUCACCAGUACCGUAUAUGGUUUCCCCUACAUUAUUGCCAACAUUUGAUACUGUCAGUGUUUUGAAUUUUGGCCACUCUAGUGGAUGCAUAGUGGUAUCUCACGAUUUAAUUUGAAUUUACGUAACCACUAAUAACAUUCCCAGCUUAACACUUGUUGCUCCUGUGUAUUUUCUUUGGCGAAAGGUCUAAUCAGAUCUUUAUCCCAUCACUUUUAACAGUUUGGCUGAGGUAUGAUUUACAUACCACAGAAUCCAGUCAUUUAAUGUGUUCUCAGGUUCCUCCGUGUCUAGCGUGUGUUAGUAAUUUUAAGUUUUUAUUUAAAUUCUAGUUGGUUAACAUACAGUGUAACAUUAGUUUCAGGUGUACAAUGUAGUGAUUCGACACUUGCAUAUAUCCCUGCUGCACAUCACAUCAGAUGCUCUCCUUAAUCCUCAUCGCCUGUUUCACCCAUCUGCCCACCUACCUCCCCUCUGGUAACCAUCAGUUCUCAACAGUUAAGAGUCUGUUUCUUGGUUUGCCCCUCUCUCUUUCUCCCCCCCCCCCCCCCCCACUGCUUUUCCCCUUUGCUCUUUGUGUUGUUUCUUGAAUUCCACAUAUGAGUGAAAUCCCAUGGUAUUUGUCUUUCUCUGACCAACUUAUUUCACUUAGCAUUAUACCCUCUAGCUCUAUCCAUGUCAUUGCAAAUGAUGUGUUAGUAAUUCUUAUUUUUGCUGAACAGUUUUCUGUUGUAUGGAUAUACCACUUUGGUUCACUCACCAGCUGAUGGAAAUUUGGAUUGUUUCCACUUUUUUGGCUAUUAUGAAUGAUGCCACUAUGAACAUUCACCUUCACGUGUUUGUGUGGACAUGUUUUUCAUGUGUCUUGGGUAAGUACCUAGAAGGAGUCUUGCUAGGUUAUAUGCAUGCAUUCGUACAUACCUUCCCAUCCUGGGAUACGGUGGAGGCUUACUCUUAUCCCCAGAUCACUGUGUUAAAUUUCCACGGUUCUGCUUACCUGUUGCUUGCUGCCAUCAGUAUCUUAACCUCAGGCCAGCUACCAUGUUGGCCUUCCCUGUCUGCCACUAGCAUUGAUGUCGCCAGCAAUACCUCUGACCGUGAGUUUUUCCCACAUUUUGCUCCAAAAGCAGUUGAGCCCCCGCUCCAGCAAGGAGGCUGCAGGUUCCCACAGCCUGCCCCUCUCCGGUGGAACUAUAACGCCCCAGAACUUGGGAGGCUGUGGGGGGGGUUAUGUGUGGGGCAGAAGGGCGGGGAAACUGCUCUGGGCUAAAAUGCCAGAUUCACACUGUUUUUUACUAAGGAUCGGUAGGUCUUCUGGAGUAAACGUUUCUGUUUGUUGCACGCCUUUGGUCAUUUUCCAAAGUUCUAAAAUCAUUGUUUCAACAGUUUUCUCAAUGUUUUUCACUACUUUCUGGGGAGAAAAUGUGCCAUACUUGUUUCCCAGUUAUUCCCAAAGUCUCAUGGGGCUCCUUAUUUUUAAAUUGGGUUGUAAGAGUUCUUUAUAUGCUCUGCAUGCAAAUAUUUUUAUCAGACGUAUGAUUUGCAAAUACCUUCGGUCUAUGGCUUGCCUUUUCAAUUUCUUAACAGUGGUUUUGAAAGAGCAAAAGUUUUAAAUUUUGCUGAAGUCUAGUUUAUUAGUUUUUUGUUUUCCUGUUUAUGCUUUUAGUCCUGUUUGAGAAAUUUUUGCCAAAUACAAAGUCACAGAGGUUUUCUCUGUCACUCUUACAUUUGGAUCUGUGAUACAACUCAAGUCAAUUUUUGUGUAUAUUGUGUGAAGGUAUAUAUUGAUGUUCAUGGUUAUCCAUAUGACUCUCCAGUUUGUUCCAGAUUGUUUGUUCUAAUGACCAUUGAAUUAACUUGGUAUCUUUGUUGAAAAUCAAAAAGCUUUAUAUGUGCAGGUCCGUUUCUGGGCUCAUUUUUGUUCCAUCGACCUAUAUAUAUUACAUUAUCUUGAUUACUGUGUAUUUAUAAAAGUUUUGAAAGCAUUGUUUUCAGUUUUGAAACCAACUUUUUCUGGGCCUAGAAUUCUAGAUCAUCAUUUUUUUUUUCUUUUUGUCUUUUAGUACUUUAAAGAUACUCUCCCAUUAUCUUCUAUCAUACAGUAGCUUCAGGCAAGAAGUUUGCCAUCAUUCUUUGUAAAAAAACUUUUAUGUUUUAUGUGUUUUGUUUUCAGUUUUUUGGUUUUUUUUUUUGAGAGAGAGCAUGAGCAGGGGAGGAGCAGAGGAAGAGGGAGAGAGAGAAUCUUAAGCAGGCUUUUCGCUGAGCAUGGUGCUUCAUGCGGGGCUCCAUCUUACAACCCUGGGAUCAUGACCUGAGCCGAAACUAAGAGUUGGGCACUUAACCAACUGAGCCACCCAGGUGCCCUUAUAAGAUUUCUUUUCUUUUUUUUUUUUUUUUUGAAAGUUUAUUUUGAGAGAGUGGGGGAGGGGCAGGGUGAGAGGGAGAGAGAAAAUCCCAAACAGGUUCCAUGCUGUCAACAUGGAGCCCAUUGUGGGGCUCAGACCCACAAACCAUGAGAUCGUGACCUGAGCUGAAAUCAAGAGUCAGACGCUUAACCAACUGAGCCACCCAGGGGCCCUCCCCGCCCCAUGUAAAAACUUUAUAGUUGAGACUAUUUACAUACUAUAAAAUCCACCAUUUUGAAAGGUACAAUUCAGUGCUUUUAGAAUAUUCACAAGGUCACCAUUGUUUAAUUUGAGAACAUAUACAGCAGUCCAAAAAGAAAUCCCUGCCCAUCAGUAGUCAUGCUCCAUUCUUCCCUCCCUCCCCAUCGCCUUUCUCUUGGUAAUCACUAUUCUACUUGUCUCUCUUUAAAUCUGCGUAUUCUGGAUACUUCAUUAAAUGGAAUCAUACAAUACGUGUCCUAUUGUGUCUGGUUUCUUUCACUUAGUGCAAUAUUCUCAAGGUUUAUCCAUGCUGUAAUGGGUAUCAGUGCUUAAUUUUUUUAGAUACCUAAAUAGUAUUGUAUGGAUACAUCACAUUUUCUUGCUGGAUAUUUGGGUGGUUUCCGCUUUUUGGCUACCCUGAAUACUGCUGCUAUGAGCCUUUAUUUGAGCACACAUCUUUUUGUGAACAUAUCUUCAGUUACCGUGGGCAUAUACCCAAUAGUAGAAUUGUUGGGUCAUAUGUAUGGCAGCUUUGUGUUUAACUUUGUGAAAACUGCCAAACUUUUUCCAAAGUGGUUUCAUUAUUUUACAUUCCCACCACAAAUAUGUAAAGGUUUUAAUUUCUCCACAUCCUCACUGACACUGGUGUUUGUCCAUCUUUUUUAACAUAGCUAACCUAGUGGCUAUGAAGUGAUAUCUCGUGGCUUUGCAUUUCCAUGACUAAUUAUGUUCGGUGUCUUUUCAUUUGCUUAUUGGCCAUUUGUGGAUCUUUGGAGAAAUGCCUGUUCAGAUUCUUUCCCCACUUUAAAAUUAUUUGUCUUUUUAUUACUGCGUUUUAAGAAUUUUUUUAAUAUGUUCUUGAUUCUAGACUUUUGUCAGAUAUGAUUUGCAAAUAUUUUCUCCCAUUCUGUGCAUUGUCUUUGACUUUUUUUUGGUAGUGACCUUUGCAAGCACAAAAGUUUUUAAUUUUGAUGAAGUCCAGUUUAUCUAAAUUUUUGUCUUUGGCUGCUCGUGUUUUAGGUGGCAUCUAAGAAACCAUCGCCUAAUCCAAAGUUACAAAGAUUUACGCUGAUAUAAAAGUUUUCUUCUAAGAGUUUCAUAAUUUUAGCCCUUACAUUAGGUCUUUGAUCCAUUUGGAAUUAAUUUUGUGUAUAAUAUGAGGUGUAACAGUCCAACUUCAUUCUUUUACAUGUGGAUGUUGUUGUUGCGACACCAUUUUUGAAAAGACCAUUAUUCUUCACCCCAUUGAACUAUCUUGCCUCCCUUGUCGAAAUUCAAUUGAAGAUAAAUGUAUGGGUUUGUUUCACAACUCUUAAUUUUAUUCCAUUGAUCUAUGUCUAUCCUUAUGUCUGUACCAAACUAUAAUCUUGAUAACUGUAUUUUUGUAAUAUGUUUUAGAACGGGGAAGUGUUCUUGGCUUAGAAGUGGAAGUUUUUCUUGUCACUUGAACUAAAGAUUAGGUAAUGCCAGUUUGUAAAAUAUUAGGCAGCUUUAACAUUUUUGCAUACAAGGAAAUGAUGCCAUCAUACAAAUGAUAGGAAAGCUCUCGACUGGGCAUUUUUCCCUUAUUAGAGUUGACCAUAAUCUUGGCUUGGGAGAUCUUUACACCCACUCCCCUUUCCCUUGUGUGGCAGGGUGAAAACUCAAAGCAUAUUGAUGAUUGCUGGGAAAUAUGUGAAUUGUUAGCUAACUGUCCAGUUAGUAUAGCUUUCUAAAAUUCCUUCUUUGGGACAGCUCCAAAAGUAAAUAUGUAAGUACUUACACAAAGAAAAAGUACUAUUACUUCAAAUCCCAUUGUGUAUAGAUAAUCACCAUUAGUCUUUGGUGACUAUACCCCCACUUACCAAUCUGUAUAAACCUAAUUUAACAUAUGUAAUGUCACACCAAACAUGCUCUCUUUCGGGCACGUUCAACAGUAUAUCAUAAAUACUUUUGUCAUUAAGUACAAAUCUUCACAAUAUUGAUGAUAUAGUACUAUUAGGAUAUUUAUGAUUUCCUUUACACUUUUAUUGUUAAAAUUUUAAGCUGUUUCUAUGUUACACUCUUGACAUGGGAGUUCAAGUUUCUCUGUACUUUGAGCAAAACUGAAUUUUAUUGCUGUGUUUCCACCCCUGCUAUUCUGAUAAGCACAAACUCAGUUUUCAUUGCAUUUCUUUCAUUAUAACUAUAGUUAAGCAUCUUUUCAUUAGUGUACUGGCCAUUUGUGUUUCCUUGCAAAUUAUUUGUUUAUGACUAUUGCUGGUUGUUUUGGGGUUUUUUUUCCUUAGUGGUUUAAGAUAUUUUUAAGUGUUAAGACUAUUAGUUUUUUAAUAUACAUUACAAAUGUGUUUAUUAGCUUUUCAUUUCACUUUGAAUCUAAUUUAUGGUAGUAUUUUUUCUUAGGGUUGUUUUGCUUUCCUUCUGUUCAACAUUUUUAAAAUAGUCACAUUUAUUAAUUUUGGCCUUUGUUUAUUUUGUUGUUGUUUAUUUACUUAUUUUGAGAAAGAGUAGGGGAGGGGCGGAGAGAGAAAGAGAGAAAGAGAGAAAAUCCCAAGCAGGCUCCACACUGUGGGUGCAGAGCCCGAUGCGGGACUUGAGCCCACAAACCAUGAGAUUGUGACCUGAGCCAAAGUCUGACAUUUAACCAACAGAGCCACCCGGUGCCCCCUUUUAUGUUUUUGACUUUCGUGGUCAUGUUUAAAAGGAUUUUACUCAUCCACCCUCCCCAGCUCGUGCUCUGUCUCUCUCUCAAAAAUAAACAUUAAAAUUUUUUUUUAAAAAAGGGGGCGCCUGGGUUUCUCCGUUAAGCAUCCAACUUCGGCCUAGGUCGUGAUCCUUGCAGUUCAUGAGUCGGAGCCCCAAAUUGGGCUCUGUGCUGACAGCUCAGAGCCUGGAACCUGCUUCAGAUUCUGUCUGUCCAUCUGUCUCUCUGUCUUUCUGUCUCUCUCUCUGCCCCUCCCCCACUCAUGCUGUGUGUCUCUCCUCUCAAAAAUAAACAUUAAAAUUUUGUUUUAAAUAAAGGGAUUUUACCCAUCUUAAGUUUAUAUAAGUAUUUGCUUGUAUUUUCUCCUGGUGCUUUUAUAUAUAAUUUCCUUUCUAAAUAUAUUUAAAUAUUUAAUCCAUCUCUUAAAAUGCAACUUUAAAAAAAUUAUAGAGCUUUUUGUUUGGCACAAUAUGUUUGAGUAAUAAGUGUCUUAGUAGGUGGAUUUUUGCAUUAUUUUUUGCAGAAGCAUCUACUUAAGCUUUUAAAGUCUCAUUGUGCCAGUUGAUGCUGGAAUACAAAAUAAUGGUGAGAUAACAGUUUUUUAUAUAUAAUAUUUACACUCUUCUCAUUGUUCUGAUCUUUGCAUAAACGUCACUUCCUCAGAUAGGCUGUCUCUGACUACCCUGUCUUCAUAAAGUACAAUCCCUGAUCACUCCAUCUCAUGAAGAACACACUCCUCUUCCGUAAUUUUCUUCAUAGCACUUAGUACUAUCUGAUCUCAUCGUGUUUGUUUGCUCAUUGUCUCUCCCAUUGGAAUGCGGAUUCCAUAAGAGCAGGGAUCUUUUCUGUUUUGUUCAUUGCUAUAUCCCCAGAACCUAGAGCUGAUUCUGGUGCAUAGUAGCCACUCCAUAAAUAGUUGACAGUGACUGUGAUUUAGAGUAUAUCCUUGUGGUAAUUUUUGGAUGUGUCAACUUUUGUUGAAAUAUAUGAAAGAGGGGUGCCUGGGUGGUUCAGUCGGUUAAGCGUCUGACUUCAGCUCAGGUCAUGAUCUCACAGUUUGUGGGUUCAAGCCAUUGGGGCUCUGUGCUGACAGCUCAGAGCCUGGAGCCUGCUUCAGAUUCUCUGUCUCCCUCUCUCUCUGCUCCUCCCCCUGCUUGUGCUCUGUCGCUCAAAAAUAAACAAACGGGGUGCCUGGGUGGCUCAGUCAGUUAAGCGUCAGACUUUCUCAGGACAUGAUCUCAUGGUUCCUGGGUUCGAGCCCCAUGUCGGACUCUGUGCUGACAGUUCAGAGCCUGGAGCCUGCUUCAGGGUGUGUGUCGUCUUCUCUCUCUGCCCCUCCCUCGCUCAUGCUCUGUCUCAAAAGUAAACAUUAAAAAAAUAAAAAUAAAAAACAUUAAAAAAAAUGUGAAAGUUAUCCACCAGUAUCUCUGAAACUAGAAAUCACAAGGCAAUAGAGGAAUAGAAUUCAAUAUAAAAUAAAACUGCAGUCAUGCUGGGGCAUAGUGACCAACACCUAAUAAUGAUAAAAAUAAAACUAAGCUGUUCACAUAGGCCUUUUGAUUGUUCUUUUUUCAGGGUUUUGUGUUGUGUCAUUGUGCUAAUUAAAGUGAUAAGUCGUAUUUUGGUGUAUUCACUGAGUGCCAGCCAUUGUGCUCAGCACAAUUAUCUUGAUCCUUACAAGAACCCUAUCAGGAAGGUAUUUUCAUCCUCAUUCAUAGAUGAGGAAACUUGAGGUUAAGUGAUUUGCCCAAGAGCAAACCAGUGGUAGGUGACUGAACUUGAAAUUGCAAGUAUGACUAUCAGGAUUCCUGGCUCCAGAAGUUUGUAGAGAAGUUAGAAAGGCCAAGCUCACUGAUCUGCCCUUGCCCCCGUAUUCCCUAUUUUCCUUACCCUGCUUUUUAUUCUUUUUCUAGAAUACCUGUCCGACAGAUUUUGUGUUUGUUUAUUGUCGCUCUUUGUCCUUCUAGAAUCGAAGUGCUGUGAAGUCAGGUUAGUCCAUGAGUUUUGUUCACUAUCGCAUGCAUGGGUCUACAACACCACCUGGCAUGUAGUGGGCUCUCAGAAGGCUAAAUAAUAAGACUAACAUACUGGAGGUGUGACAAAGAGGCAAAUCUAGUGUAAGGGCUAUUAUCUUUUUACACCGGAGUUUAUGAACCAAGAAGCAGAGAGAGAAGGAUCUUCAUUGGAGAGUUGGAGGUUGUGACUCUCAGAAGAACUAAACCCAGACUAAAACCCAGAGUAUUAGGACUUCUAAGGAGUAGGUUUGGGUGGGGCUAGCGUCAGGUACGUGGGGGCAGUGAGGAGGCUUUUUUCUUGUACGCUUCUGUAAGAUUUGAAUUUUUACCAUAUACACCCGUUACUUAAUAAAAACAUUUUUGGACUUCAGUUUCUGGUGAUGAGUGACUAAACAUAAUAAUAAAAUGUUGGAUUUAAGAAAGAAGGAAGAAAGGAAAAAAUAGGAACUGCCAGGUCAGUUUUGGGAUGAGAGUCUGUAACAAAGGAGGAAAAUGGAACAUUAGAACAACGACAAAGCUACGCCGUUGUGAGCUGUCAAGAGGACUGUCUUGCUGCUCUUGGAGCAGGUGAGGAAAAGAAAUAGAAAAGGCGAUUUCCCUGGGCGGUUUGGGCAGAUGCGCUUUCCCGAAGUUCAGCCCUUCCAAGUAUGCGUAGCUGGAUGGACCAGGAUUCUCCGAAUAUGAACUUAACAGCAGCUCAAGAUCUCUGGAAGAAGACUCAUCCCAAGCCAUUGCUUUUUCAGGGUUAAUAUCCAGCAAGCAAUAAAGAUGAUUGCAAGCUAUGCAAACAACCUGAUGGUGAACGAGAAUCAACUUUGGAAAACACAGAGUGCAUAGACCAGUUAUUGUAAUGGUCAUUUUUUUUUUUUUAAGGUUAAUGAGAUAAUUUACAUAAAGUCAAGUUCACCCUUUUCAGUGUGCAGUUGUAUGAAUUUUGACAAAUGGGUGUUCUCACGUACCCAUCCACACAAGGUAUAAAACAGUUCCAUUACCCCAAAAAGUUCCCUGUGCUCCCCAAGCCCCUGGCAACUGCUGGUCUGGUUUCUUCCCUAGGGAUGUGUUUUAAACAAUGGCCUAUGACUGAAAUCACCUAUGAUAUGUAGAUUUUGAGCCCACUUCUUUCACUUAGCAUAAUCAUUUGAGAUUUAUCCAUGUUGUUGUAUGUAUCCGUAGUUUGAUCCUUUUAAUCGGUGAGUAGUAAUCCAUUGUAUGAAUGUAUCACGUUUUGUUCAUCCAUUUACCAGGUGAAGGAGAUUUGGGUUGUUUCCGAUUUUUACUGAUGACAAAUAAAGCUGCUGUUAACUUUCACCAAAA